AAAUUGUCACUCAGGUGAACUUUGAGCAGACGUAUUGGAGCAGCUGCCUCGUUUUUUAUCACAGAUCAAAAGGCAACGGCUUGACACUCCUUUUCAUUAUCUCCUUUCCUCGGUGGCAGUGGACAGGACACUGGCUUCUAACAUGCACAUCUUCACAACCACGAGUGUUUAGCAGGGAAUAUUUCUUUCUGCACAUUUGGGUUGGUUUUUUUAAGAGGUCAAACAAGAAGUUUUCAACAAUGAGGCCGCCUGUGGAAGUCUCCGUGUUCCUCCUUUCUCUUUUGGCUCCUGGAGUUUUGUACACCAUGAACAACAUCCCAGCAUUACAGGAACCUCUUCCUAUCCUGGGAAUGGGAAUGGUCGUCCUAGGAUUAGUUCUUCUUCUCCUCCUCCUCACUGUGCGAAACAAGACGAAAGUGGAUCCCUUGUUCUACGUAUUUGCAGAGUUUUCCUUCACCUGCAUGGUGGGCCUGACUAACGCUUUAGAACAGGAUGGGUUCAUCUCUGGCUUCAUGGGCUUCUACCUAAAGAUGGGUGAGCCUCAUCUGAGUACCGCCUAUGCCGUGAUGAUGUCUUACUGGGAAGGCGUUGUUCACUUUGUCCUUUUCCUCAUCAUCAUCCACCGAAUGUUCAAAGGGAAGUCCUAUCGUAGUCUGGGGCUGCUGUGGACCGGCUCCUCAAUCGCCCACCACAUCGUUCUCAUCCCAGGGGUGGUCAUUGGUAAAUACGGGUCUAACAUUCGACCAGCUUUUUGGAGGAAUACCCCCUUCUUUUUGGUGCCUUUCUGGGCGGCGUCCCUGCUCUUCAGCAGACCCCGAGAGAUGCCAAUCAUCAAAGCAGACGAGAUUUCAGCGGAACAAAAGAAAAGUCUGCUGUCUCGACCUGUUGACCUCCUUCUGUCACUUCUGUUAUUCGUGGCAAUGGCCUUCUCUGUUUUCAGAGGCUUUGUGGUGCUGGACUGUCCUCUAGACUCCUGUUUCACCUACAUCUACCAAUACGAGCCCUACCUCAAAGACCCAGUUGGCUUUCCCAGGGUUAUGAUGCUGGUUUAUUUGUUCUAUGCUCUGCCCAUGCUGACUGUGUUCAUCUAUGCUCUGAAAACACCGGGAUGCAGCUGGAUGCUGGACUGGACCAUCUUCUUUGCUGGAGCCAUGGCUCAGACCCAGUGGUGCCAUAUCGGAGCAUCUCUGCACUCCCGCACUCCCUUCACGUACCGAGUCCCAGCAGACAAGUGGUGGCCUGUUAUCACCCUCAAUGUGCUGCUCGCUGCUGCGCCAAUUCUGCUGGCCCUGCGCUGCCACACCAACCCCGCUUAUUUUAUGAAACCUGUUCCCAAGGGACAGACCAACAGCGAGAAGAAGAAAAACUAGACCACACACACCAGACAUGGACUUCAUACUUCAUGCUGUGACAGGGCUAAUGUUUUCUGGGGACUCCUGUUGGCGCACAACCGCAUUAAACACAAUUUUUCAAACCCAGAGGAAAUCUAAAAACGUUGCUUUCUGAGUCAACUGUUCAAAAUCAGUCAUCUCGGGUAGAAGCAGCAGCACUCCCCGCAUGGACUACUGGACCCUGAUAAGAAGGCUGUUGAUCAAGGUGAGGACUGUGAACAGCUUGCACAGCUUUCAGGUGACUCAUGCAGAUACCCAGUUGGUAUCUUCCCAAACUAAGACUAUUAACCUGGAUCAUACAGGCCAGCAAUACCCUACUGGAGAGUUAUCAUUAUUCAUCUUCCUAUGCUGAAAUCCACACCAAAACUCCUCAUAACUUUCAUUGUUUAAAAACUGUGAAUAUAUGUUCAGGUCAUCCACUGAGUGCUUGAAAGGCUGAAAGAGUUUCUGAUAAAGGAGAUAACAGCAGAUGUUACUCAAGCGGAGAAAAUGAUGGAGGAAAAAGUCCACCUGGUGACUUACAUUGUGUAACAUAGUUGGUGAUCCCACGUGUUGUCACCGGGGCUGCAACAAACAAUUUCUGAUAAAUCCAGUCUAGAAAAUAUUAGAAAAUAAU